GUCUGAUGAGAUUGUCUGUCAUAAUGGAAAAAUUUAUGUUGACUGCAACGCUGGCAGACAGUCCCAUCGGAUAAAACUAGGCCUUUGUCCUAAAUAUGGAAAUAAUGAAGACAUCUUGGAACGCUAAGCUGGAGUAAGAGAUAGUUCGAACAAUGGAUGGUUAAAGGACGGGUGUGUUAGAAAGACAGGGGAUGGCAAGGAGACACUAUUUUGGGAAGAUGUGUGGAUAGAAAGAGUGAGCCUAAAAGAGAGUUUCCGAAGAUUAUUCUCUUUAGCUACAAAAAAAAGUGAUACAAUAGGACAGUGAAAAAGCAGGAGAAUGGCAGUGGAGUUGGCGUAGGAACCUUUUUGUAUGGGAGCAUAAUUUAUUGCAGGAAUUAACAGGAAUUUUGAGCCAGGUUCAUCUGAAGCAAGUGCAACAGGACCAAUGGACAUGGAGAUGGGAAAGCACAGGGAAUUAUACAACAAGGUCAGCUUAUCACCAGAUCACCCAAUCCCAACGUGCACAGGACAAUGGCUGUCUCAACCAAAUUUGGAAGAGUAAAGCACCACUAAAGGUUGCAGCACUAGCAUGGAGAGCUUUCGUCGAUAGAUUACCAACAAAAAUCAACUUGACAAAAAGAGGAAUAAUCAUCGACAGGGCAGAAAUGAUGUGCAGCUGGUGCUCAACAGAGGAGGAAUCCCUAAACCACUUAUUGUUUAAUUGUCUUUAUUCAUGGAAAAUAUGGACAUUCUGUUACGCUUGGUGGGACUUCUCCUCGGCAGCACAAGUGAAUGUAAAAAGCCACUACGAGCAGCACAUGGGACUUAAUCAAAAAAAGGAGUUGAAGGAAGCAUGGAGGGUAAUCUGGCUGACAACAAUCUGGACAUUAUGGGUAUGGAGAAAUCAGAAGGUUUUUGGGAAAGACCAAGAUAGUGAAGAGGAGGCUGGCGAGCUCAUAAAGCAUAGAUCUUUUCACUGGUUAAAAGCCAAUCUAUAUCCAAAUUUACAUCAGGAUUUAUGGAAAGAAGACCCCAGAUCAGCAAUAAAAAGACAUGCUGAACAUGAGACGUUAAAUGGGGAGGUGUGAUCUUUAAAUUUCUAUAAGGUGCUAUAUGGUAAAGGAGAGGCAGCACUCUGAUGUCUGAUGAAAUGUAAAUGGGUCUGGUACCCUUGUAUCCAAUAAAUAAAUUUUUGGCUU